GUAUGGAAUUAUAUUUUUUCUAUUUUCUGUGAAUAUUAUGUAUAAUUAUGAAGGUCAAUUUGUAUAAUCCUAGUAGGAUGCAAUAACAUCUUGAUCAAAAACAAAAAUAUGGAAAUCAUAUUAAAUUAGAAAACACGUAAUAUUUUUUAAAAAUUAAUAUAGAGUAAUGGAAAAUAUAUCAAUAGAUCAAGUUUUUUAAUGUUCGUUUGUGCAUAUAUAUCUAAUUAUGAGACUGAUUAUUCCAUAGAGUUAAUACGUGAAAUUUAACAAGAUGGCACUUUCACCAGAUAAUAAUUGGGUUGAAGUACUGCAAAAUUUUCCGUCAUAUAAAGAAUAUGAAAAAUUGGAUAAUGUAGAUUUUGCAAAUGAAAAAGGUAAUCUUUGCAAUGGUGCAGGAAGUAUAAAUGAUAUUCAGAAGCUUAAAAAUAGUUGUUAUUACUUUCAGCAUUGGUUCUUUGACAAUAUAGCGAAAAAAUAUUAUAAUGGAAAUCAUAUAUAUUAUAACCAUCGUGUUGCUCAGAAACUUUUUAAUAUAGUAUCAACGCUUACUUCAGUAUCAUCUAAAAUAAAUCAAUGCUAUUGUCAUUUUUCUGGUUCGCCUGAUGAUUGGAAAAAAGAGAAAUAUUUGCACGACUAUUUUGAAAAUCACAAAUAUAUUAGUUGCAGUAAUUCUAGUAAAGAUAGGUGCGAAGAAUAUAUCCAAUAUGUUACUUAUAUUAAUAGUUUAUUCCCAAGAAAAGAAGAUAAAUGUUGUGAUGAAGGAGUAUUAAUUGAAGAAGAAUUUUGUGAAUCUUAUUUCAAAUGCGAUGGUAUAUAA